AUGACGGAGCUACAGGAAGUCACCAUUCAAUACAUCAACUGCCCUGAUCCAGUUGAAAGUGCAGCCCGAGGACAACGAGUCGAGGAAAGCGAUGAAAGAGGAGAUAUGGAGGAAACGACAGCUAGAAUCAUUGCAAAUGCACAGGCAACCAGAGCAGCGAUGCUCCCUCAUACCACAGUAAUCCCUUCAGACUCUACAAUCAUCUUGGGAGACUCUCAAAUAACGGCUGUGUGGGACCAGUUAGCAUUUAUUGCCCUGACAAGAGACUCGCCGUGGUUCCUCACAGGCGACUUCAACGAGAUAAUCGACAACUCCGAGAAAUCUGGAGGGCCAGAACGGCCAGAGAGUUUCUUCGGACCCUUCAGAAGUUUUCUCUCUGCUGCAGACCUCUUCGAUUUACAGCACACCGGAAACUUUCUCUCCUGGAGGGGGAAGCAAGGCACACACCUCGUCGACUGUCGCCUGGACCGAUCUAUCGCCAAUAGUCACUGGUCUGAUAUGUUCCCCACUGCUAAGAGUCAUUACCUCGAGUUUGAGAACUCCGAUCACAGACCACUACUGUCUACCUUUGAGCCUACAAAGAAAAAGCCAAAGAGAAUAUUCAGAAUCGCUAGCUGUAGACGAGCCAUUGCUAUGUGGAGUAGAAAACACUACAUCAACAGCCGGAAAACAAUAGAUAAGCUUAAAACAUCCUUAGAUGCUGAACUCUCCAAAGAAACGACCAAUGACUCUUUGAUCUCUAGCCUCAACACACAGCUUCUACUAGCCUACAAAGCAGAGGAAGAAUAUUGGAAACAACGCAGCAGGCAACUUUGGUUAACACUAGGAGAUAAGAAUACUGGAUUCUUUCACGCAUCUACUAGAGGAAGAAGAGCUAGAAAUCAACUUACUGUGCUCGAGAAUGCCCAAGGAGAGGAGGUGUUUGCAAUUCAACCGUCUAUCUCACAUGCUACAAACGAGAAGCUGACCUAUAUUCCCUCAGCUGCUGAAAUCAAAGAAGCGUUAUUCUCCAUUCACCCGGACAAGGCCCCUGGUCCUGACGGGUUCUCGGCAAGCUUCUUCCAGUCUAACUGGAGCACAGUUAACCCUGCAAUCAUCAAAGAGAUUCAAGACUUUUUCGCAACAGGGGUGCUACCUAGCUCUAUCUAUGAGACGCACAUAAGAUUGAUCCCAAAGACUAUCAAUCCGAAGAAAGUAGUGGAUUACAGGCUCAUUGCAUUAUGCAAUGUAUACUACAAGAUCAUAUCUAAACUAUUAUCCCUACGUCUCAAACCAGUUCUCGAAGAGAUCAUCUCUGAAAAUCAAUCUGCGUUUAUACCAGGGCGUUCUAUCUCAGAAAAUGUUUUGAUUACCCACGAGAUCCUACAUUUCCUAAAAACAUCAGAUGUGCAAAAGAAGUGUUCAAUGGCUGUCAAGACUGAUAUCAGUAAAGCGUAUGACCGCCUAGAAUGGAAUUUGAUAGAGAAAGUGCUAUUGCAAAUGGGAUUUCACAGCAUCUUUGUCAACUGGGUGAUGCAAUGCAUAACUACUGUUACGUAUUCAUUCCUAAUAAAUGAAGAAGUGCUAGGACAUGUCGUACCUUCACGUGGAAUACGCCAAGGAGAUCCCAUCUCCCCCUACGUCUUCAUCCACUGCGGGGAAGUCCUCUCCGGCAUGUGCAAGGAAGCUCAGCGAGAUGGUUCAAUGACUGGAAUCAGAAUCGCAACAAAGUUCCCCCGGAUCAAUCAUCUCUUAUUUGCUGAUGAUACAUUGUUCUUUGUGCGCUCUAACCCCCAAAGUUGCUUAGCUCUAAAGGAUAUCCUACAAAAGUAUGAACGAGCGUCAGGACAGAUGAUAAACACAAGCAUAGAGAAAGAAGGAGGAGCGGGGAAGUAUCUAGGAUUACCUGAGUUGUUUGGACGCAAAAAGAAGGACCUGUUUGCUUCCAUUGUGGACCGCAUCAAACAGAGAGCCGUCUGUUGGUCGUCUAAACAACUCUCUGCAGCAGGGAAGCUUACUCUACUCAAAUCUAUCCUCACUGCCAUUCCUACUUUCUCCAUGACCUGCUUCCUGCUUCCUGUUGGCCUCUGCAAAAAGAUCCAGUCAAUCUUGACUCGCUUUUUCUGGGAUGGUAAUGAUUCAAAACGAAAGAUUUGUUGGAUAUCAUGGGAUAAUCUUACCAAGCCAAAGAGUAUGGGAGUUCUCGGUUUCAGAGAUAUUCAACACUUCAACAAAGCUCUACUCGAUUCUUAUGGAUGGUUACUCAACCGUUCAGGUGAAUACUCAUCCAAAUCAGGUUACCUAGCCUUGCACCUCACCGAAACAAACGCCGCAGGAACAGCUCAUAUUCCAGACGAUUUCAACUGGUACAAAUCAGUAUGGAGCCCCACUAUGCUGCCUAAAAUACAGCUCUUUCUGUGGAAGGUCCUCCAAGGAGCCAUAUCUACGGGAGAGAAUUUGCAGAGACGAGGGCUCCUAACCGAGACCAACUGUAUUCGAUGUGGAGCUCAGGAGACUACUAAUCACAUUUUCUUUCACUGUGAUUUUGAGAGACAGGUAUGGAAAUAUAUUAUUUCACCUCUCACAAUCACAGCAGAAACAUCUUUCGGACACGAACUCCAGACGUCUCGAUUCCGCAUCAACCUUCCUCCAAUAGGAGUUGCACCCAACCUCUUUCAUUGGAUCGCAUGGACAAUAUGGACCUCAAGAAAUCUCUUAAUCUUCGAGAACAGAACACUCUCUCCAACACUCACUAUGACUAGAGCCAUUGCAUCAGCGAGAGAAUGGACAUUAGCACAUAUCAACUCUCCGAGUCCGAGCCCUAAGCCCAUCGCGCUUGAACCAAGAAAAUCAACCUCUCCCAAUGGGACGACUCUAAUCUUCACAGAUGCAUCUUGGAUCGCUAGCACGAAACAGGCGGGCCUCGCUUGGAUCUCCACCGACGCGAACAAGCAAGAGAUCAAUCGAGGAUCGCUAGCCACAGAACACAUCGCAUCUCCCCUCCUUGCUGAGAGUUUGGCAGUCAGAGCUUCACUACUCCACGCCUCUACCCUCGGCUACACCAAAAUCUGGAUUCACUCAGAUUCUCAAGAGCUCGUGAGAUUAGAUAAUGGGCCUGCAGAUAGACUAGCUAAAUCUGCUUUCUCCAAUGGGCUUAUUGGACCAAAUGUAUGA